UAAAUUGCACAUCACUAAUAUUGGGAGCGUUUACCACACUGUAAAUUGACAAUCACAAAAAGAAUUUGCAAUCAUUUAUAGUUAAUGUGGUCAUGGCAGAUGAGACGGACGUCGAAUUCCAACGUGGUCUAUUGACCCGCAAAAUGGAAGCUGGCCAGGAUGUCGUCAUGGAAACUAAUCAAGCGGCGGUGCUUCGCAAUGUGGAUGUGCCGAAAGCUAAGUAUCACUUUGUUGUUCUACCCAAGGAGGAUAUUGUUAAUGUGACAGCGCUAACGCGUAAACAUUUGGAUCUGCUGGACCAUAUGUUGGAGCUGGCCGUUCAGACCAUUGAACAGCAAACACAAUCGCAAUUGAGUAAUUUUCUGAUUGGAUUUAAAAUGGAUGCAUUUAUGAAUCGUCUGAAUAUGCAUGUCAUUUCCAAGGAUUUCUGUGCGAAUACCAUGAGCCGAAAUCAGCAUUGGAAUACAUUCAAUACUGAAUUGUUUAUCACAUUUCAAACUGUCCACGCCCUCAUAAAUUUUAAAGGAUUUAUUGAACCCAUGUCACCGGAGCGGGCAGAGAGUUUGCGAAAAGCUUUUCCCGUUCAAUGCAACCAAUGCAGUUUCAAAACUGGUAAUUUUCCCAAGUUUAAGGAUCAUCUUGAAUACCACUGGCAAAGAAAACAGAAAUAUCAAACUAAUUUGAGUGAAUCAAUGGCUAAAAUGAAUUUGAAUGGCAGUUGCAUGAAGAAGGGUCCCCAAUGUGGGCCUCAACCUCAAGGCUUUCGUCCACACUCCCAGCGACGCUCAACAGAAGUAAAUCAAGCGAAUCCGAAUCCUUAUAGAAAAUUCUCCAAUAACCAAAAGAAAUCGAGUCCUCAAACAAACAAGUCAAAUGGGGACAAUUCCAAGAACACUUCACCUAACUGAUUUGUUAUGUAGUACUAUAUAUGUUUAAAUUCUACUCAUGUUAUUUAAUUGGUAAUAACUUUUGUGAAAAAGCUUUUCAUUAAAAAGCUAAAAACAAUCGUCUGAAAUGUC